UAUAAGCUCCAUUCUCCCCACUCGCUGGCACUCACUCUCAGGAUCUCAUCUUGAACAGAAACACACUCCCCCUGACACCAUGAGCUACUAUGGCAGCUACUACGGAGGCCUCGGCUACGGCUGGGGUGGCCUUGGCUAUGGCUAUGGCUCCGGCUGGGGCUGGGGCGGCCUUGGUGGCCUGGGCUGUGGCUGUGGCUACAGAAGGUAUGGCUGUGGCUGCUGGCGCCCGUGCUGCUGUGGGGGAUACGGAUACUCUGGCUUCUACUGAGAUCCUGCCCAGCAGCUCAGCACCUGAACUCACAAGGGACUUCCUCCCACAUUGGAUCUAAGUAACCAGACAGCUAACCUCAUGCUGGAUUAUUCCACAAACGUCUUUACUUCUCAGAAUUAUGGGUAGAUUUUCAACUGUGCCUGCAUCUCCCUCAUAAGCCUGGGAUCCUCUACCUUUGCUGUCAGAACUGAUUGGACUGUCUGUUCACCUUCCAAUAAAGCAUUGACCUUGAA